AUGCGUCGUCUAUUGCUAUUGCUUGUAAUUCCUGUGGCAUUAUGCCAAAUUACACCUGUACCCAAGAUGGAUAUUACCCCGAUUCCAAUUGAUAAAACUGAUCCAAAUGUUAAAGAGUUUCAACGCAUCGACUCAAACAAAGAUGGGCAGCUCACAUUCACGGAAUUCUUGCUCUCGGAUCACCCGUUCCUGGAGCAUCAGUCAAGAAGAUUUCACGGAUUUGAUACAAAUGGCGACGGUACCGUAACAAAAAAAGAAUAUGAGGAAUAUUUCAAACGACUUGAGAAACACAAGCGUCGCAGUGACAUGUUCUUCAAUAAAUUUAAUCGAGACCGCCGUGAUCCAUUUCAGGCGUCGUUCUUUGAUUCAUUCCCGAAGAAUUCGCCGGGCGAGGAGUCGCGUGAGCUAUCUGGGCCGAUCCACAAUCCAUCAAUGGUCCUUCUUUGAUUUCUUUGGAUUUUAAUCAAAUCAAUUAGUGAUUUAUAAAUACGAUCUUUAUUGUCUGUACCAUGUUCAAAACAAACAAAAACCGUAAUAAAGUCCCUAAUAUUCUGC